AUGACCAAGAAUCAAUUUAGAGUUAUCGUUGGGUCUUAUGAGCAUAAUAUAUUGUGUCUUUCACUAGAUUUGACUUUAGAGACUCCUGUUUUUGUUCCUAUCUUUCAUUUCCAAGCACAUUCUUUAAGUGUCAAAACUCUUGAUAUUUCAAAAAGAUACUUGGUAUCUGGUUCCAAUGAUGAACACAUUAGAAUUUAUGAUUUACAAAAGCGUAAGGAAUUAGGUACAUUGUUGGCACAUCAGGGUUCCAUCACAGCGUUGAAAUUCUCCAAAAAUGAAGCUAGUACAAAUAAAUGGUUACUAUCAGCAUCUGAAGAUAAGAAAAUUAUUAUUUGGAGAGUCAAAGAUUGGGAAAACUAUGGUACUUUGAAAGGUCACACAGGUAGAAUUAACGACCUUGACAUCCAUCCAUCUAGUAGGAUUGCCAUCAGUGUUUCAGAAGAUCAUUCUAUAAGAUUAUGGAAUCUAAUGACAGUGAAGAAGGCUGCGGUACUAAAAUUGAGGGGUUAUUCACAAAAUGGGCAAUUUGUUAGAUGGUUGGGUUCAAGUGGUGACUUCUUUGCUGUUGCUCUACUAAAUAAAGUUCUGAUCUAUACUACUGCAACUGCUAAAGUUCACUCUGAAAUAGAUUUCAAGAAAACCAUUAUGCAUAUGGAGAAAGUCGUAUUAGACAACGAGAAGGAAUAUUUAUGUAUUGGUUUGAGCGAUGGUAAUAUUGAAUUUUACGAAACUGGGUUACUUUGUAAAGAAGGAGCUGAAGAUUUCAAGCCAGAAUUUUCAUUGUUAGGUCACACAAAUCGUGUUAAAGAUUUCAAAUUUUAUCAAAACGAGUUUGGUAUUUACUUGGUAAGCAUAGGUUCUGAUGGUAAGAUAGUUGUUUGGGAUAUGAAGAAACAGGAACAACUUGCUGUCUAUGACACUGGUGAAAGAUUAAACUGUAUAACGUUGUGUGAUGAAAGUAUUGAAAAAUAUGAUACCGUUAAGAAAAGAGACUCAGAAAAUGCAGACCUUGGUGUUCAAAGUGAGGUCGAAAGUGAUACUGAGGAGCUGAAAAAAGUUAUGUUUGGUAAUAAAGGGAAAGCUUCAAAAAAGAGAGGUAAUAAGAAGAAUAACAAAAAGCAGAAAGUUUCUGUUGAACUAGAAUGA